AUGUCCGAUAUUCACUCGCAACCACCAACGACGAACAUUUUCAAGUUAUCAUUUGCAAAGCCAAAGGUGCUGCUAGUGACGGUCGAUCGUGAGAAACAACGGAAUGCGCUACCCGCCGAGGCUCAUUGGGAAGCCCAUGGCAUAUUCUCCUGGUUCGACGAUGAACCAACUUUAUUUGUAGCUUUUGUUACUGGAGCUGGUGACAAAGCUUUCUGUGCAGGACAAGAUUUGACAGAACAAGUUUGGGAACGUCCAGGCUUUUUUGAAAGCGCGGCAAUCUCAAGGUCUCUUGAUGCAUGCCUUAGUGCGAGUCAACUUACUGGCGACGACAUAGAUCUAUAUUAUUUCUACUCAUGUUUCCCAAUUGUGCCGAAGCUUGCAUGUCAUCACCUGGGGAUUUCCAUUACACAGCCCAACAAGCCAAUUACUCUGCUGGGCGGCCUGGCCUCCUUUGGUGGUGCUGGAAACAACUACUCCAUGCAUGUAUGA